GCUUGGAGCAGCAGCAGCAAAAGCGCCGCGCGCGCGGUUGGUGGAAUCCCCGCGCGCUGCCGCUGCCUGUGAGGAAAAGAGCGGCUCCCUUUUAUCCUCUCUGAGGUGACUUAGCAACAGCUGCUGCAGCAGCAGCAAGCAAGCAUCCGCGCGCCCUCCCGCCUCAGCUAGUCAGCGCCAGCAGCGGCGGCGGCUUGACUUCUGAGGCGCGCUUUCUCUCCUCAGUCGCCACCUCAGGACCUGCAUACCAUUGUAUGAAUACCAGGCAACCAUUGGAUUACAUGCUUAUGUUGCGACAUCAAGAUUGAUUAACCCUAGAAGAAGCUGGUGAUGUGACUCCAGUUCCAGUUUAUCAACUCAUUUCUAAGGAUAAAUCAGCACUGUCUGAAGGAAGAGAUGAUCAUGUAGAUGCCAACAGCCUGGGUGCAGCAUAAUGGGAAACGGUGAAUGGGGUGGAACUGGUCUGCAACCUUGAAAGCAGCCAUUCUGUGGACAGAGACACAUCAGUCAUUCCUCGCUUUCUCAACUGUUACUACUAGCGGCAUAAAGUGGAUUCGUUCUACUGUUUAGGCCGGAACUUGAGUUUCCACCCUUGCAAAUUUUCGAGCUGCAUACAGUGCAGUGUGGAGCAAUACCAUCAGCAACAAUGGGUGACAUGACAAAUAGCGAUUUUUAUUCAAAGAACCAAAGAAAUGAGGCCAAUCAUGCAGGAGAAUUUGGGUGCACGCUUCUGGAUCUGCGCUCCCUCAUGGAACUUCGAGGAACAGAAGCAGUAGUAAAAAUUAAAGAGACAUAUGGGGACACUGAGGGCCUCUGCAGACACUUGAAAACAUCGCCAACAGAAGGAUUGCCUGGCACUGCUGCUGACUUAGAUAAAAGAAAGCUAAUUUUUGGGAAAAACUUUAUACCUCCAAAGAAGCCAAAAACUUUCUUACAGUUAGUCUGGGAAGCAUUACAGGAUGUGACUCUUAUCAUUUUGGAAAUAGCAGCCAUCAUAUCUCUUGGGCUCUCAUUUUACCAUCCACCUGGAGAAGAAAAUGAAGCCUGUGCUACUGCAUCAGGAGGAGCGGAAGAUGAAGGAGAGGCAGAAGCUGGUUGGAUCGAAGGUGCUGCCAUUCUGCUCUCUGUUAUUUGUGUGGUACUUGUCACUGCCUUUAAUGACUGGAGCAAAGAGAAGCAAUUCCGUGGGCUUCAAAGUCGUAUUGAGCAAGAACAGAAGUUUACUGUGGUCCGGGGUGGACAAGUUAUUCAAAUCCCAGUAGCAGAGAUAGUAGUUGGUGACGUUGCACAGAUAAAAUAUGGUGACCUUCUACCUGCUGAUGGGGUGUAUAUUCAAGGAAAUGACCUUAAGAUUGAUGAAAGCUCUUUAACUGGAGAAUCAGAUCAAGUCCGCAAAUCUGUUGACAAAGAUCCAAUGCUGCUUUCGGGUACACACGUCAUGGAAGGUUCUGGAAGAAUGGUUGUUACUGCUGUAGGAGUUAAUUCUCAGACAGGGAUCAUCUUUACUCUGCUAGGCGCUGGUGAAGACGAGGAGAAGAAAGAUAAGAAAGUAGAUUCUUCCCAUACCUCCUUCCAUCCUCCUUCAACUACAGAUGGGGCAGCAGGUGCAAAUGCCACAGAUAAUGCAAAUGCCAGCUUAGUCAAUGGCAAAAUGCAGGAUGGGAAUAUGGAGAACAACCAGAAUAAAGCCAAACAGCAGGAUGGUGCUGCUGCAAUGGAGAUGCAGCCACUGAAGAGUGCUGAAGGUGGAGAUGGAGAUGAUAAAGACAAGAGGAAAGCCAACAUGCAUAAGAAAGAAAAAUCUGUCCUCCAAGGGAAGCUGACUAAAUUGGCUGUCCAGAUAGGGAAAGCAGGUUUGGUGAUGUCUGCCAUCACUGUCAUCAUCUUAGUAUUAUACUUCACUGUUGAAAACUUCGUAGUCAGCAAGAAGCCAUGGCUGCCUGAAUGCACACCUAUCUAUGUCCAGUAUUUUGUUAAGUUCUUCAUAAUUGGUGUUACUGUGCUUGUAGUUGCUGUUCCAGAAGGACUUCCACUUGCUGUUACUAUUUCCCUCGCUUACUCUGUAAAGAAAAUGAUGAAAGAUAACAAUCUGGUCCGUCAUUUGGAUGCGUGUGAGACUAUGGGUAAUGCUACAGCCAUCUGCUCUGAUAAAACAGGGACGUUAACCACCAACCGGAUGACAGUAGUACAAGCGUACAUUGGAGAUACCCAUUACAAAGAGAUCCCUGACCCAGAUUCCAUUCCAGCCAAAAUUCUGGAUUUGCUGGUUAAUGCAAUUGCCAUCAACAGCGCUUACACUUCAAAAGUUCUGCCACCAGACAAGGAUGGUGGUCUACCUCGCCAGGUUGGCAACAAGACAGAGUGUGGAUUGCUGGGGUUUGUCUUGGACCUAAAGCAGGAUUACCAGCCUGCCCGGAAUCAAAUGCCUGAAGAGAAGCUCUACAAAGUGUACACAUUUAACUCUGUGAGAAAAUCAAUGAGUACUGUCAUCAAAAUGCCAGAUGAAAGUUUCCGAAUGUACAGCAAAGGAGCUUCUGAAAUUGUCCUAAAGAAGUGUUCUAAGAUUCUUAAUGCAGCUGGCGAGCCUCGCAUCUUCAGACCUCGUGAUCGGGAUGAGAUGGUAAAGAAAGUGAUUGAACCUAUGGCCUGUGAUGGAUUGAGAACUAUCUGUGUUGCUUAUCGAGACUUCCCCAGCAGCCCUGAACCAGACUGGGAGGAUGAAAACGACAUUCUAUCUGACCUGACCUGCAUUUGUGUGGUUGGCAUAGAAGACCCUGUAAGACCAGAGGUCCCAGAAGCCAUAAGAAAGUGUCAACGAGCAGGAAUUACAGUCCGUAUGGUCACAGGGGACAACAUCAAUACAGCUCGUGCUAUUGCAAUAAAGUGUGGGAUAAUUCACCCUGGAGAAGAUUUCCUCUGCAUUGAGGGGAAAGAGUUUAACCGAAGGAUCAGAAAUGAGAAAGGAGAUAUUGAACAGGAACGCAUUGACAAGAUAUGGCCAAAACUUCGUGUCCUUGCUCGUUCAUCUCCCACUGAUAAGCACACUUUAGUCAAAGGUAUUAUUGACAGCACUCAAGUGGAGCAGAGGCAGGUUGUAGCAGUGACUGGUGAUGGAACUAAUGAUGGACCGGCACUUAAGAAAGCUGAUGUUGGCUUUGCAAUGGGUAUUGCAGGAACUGAUGUCGCAAAGGAAGCCUCAGAUAUUAUCCUGACCGACGAUAACUUUAGCAGCAUCGUGAAAGCUGUAAUGUGGGGUCGUAAUGUCUAUGACAGUAUUUCCAAGUUCCUGCAGUUCCAGCUCACAGUAAAUGUGGUGGCCGUGAUCGUUGCUUUCACUGGAGCUUGCAUUACCCAGGACUCACCUUUAAAAGCUGUACAGAUGCUAUGGGUCAAUCUGAUUAUGGACACCUUUGCCUCUCUUGCUCUGGCUACGGAACCUCCUACAGAGUCGUUGCUGCUAAGGAAACCAUAUGGCCGAAACAAGCCCCUUAUCUCCCGUACUAUGAUGAAGAACAUUUUGGGCCACGCUGUGUACCAGCUCACUCUCAUUUUUACCCUCCUUUUCGUUGGUGAAAAAAUGUUCGAGAUUGACAGUGGCAGGAAUGCACCACUUCACUCUCCGCCUUCUGAGCACUACACCAUCAUCUUCAAUACCUUUGUUAUGAUGCAGCUGUUCAAUGAAAUCAACGCACGCAAAAUCCAUGGUGAAAGGAAUGUUUUUGAUGGCAUCUUUAGAAACCCUAUAUUUUGCACUAUUGUACUGGGCACAUUUGUUGUGCAGAUAGUAAUUGUACAGUUUGGUGGUAAACCUUUUAGCUGUUCCCCUUUGGAGCUUGACCAGUGGAUGUGGUGUGUGUUUAUUGGAUUAGGUGAACUUGUAUGGGGUCAGGUCAUUGCAACUAUCCCAACGAGUAGGCUAAAAUUUUUAAAGGAGGCAGGAGGUCUUACAUUAAAAGAAGAGGCGCCCGAAGAGGAGAUGAAUGAAGAUGUAGAAGAAAUUGACCACGCAGAAAGAGAACUUCGGCGUGGGCAAAUCCUCUGGUUCCGAGGGCUCAAUAGAAUCCAGACCCAGAUCCGCGUCGUGAAGGCAUUCCGUAGCUCUCUCUAUGAAGGGUUAGAAAAACCAGAAUCUAGAACCUCCAUUCACAACUUUAUGACUCAUCCUGAAUUUAGGAUAGAAGAUUCCCAGCCCCAUAUCCCUCUCAUUGACGACACAGAACUAGAAGAAGACCCUGCACUCAAGCAAAACCCAAGUCCACCGUCUUCACUGAACAAGAACAAUAGUGCUAUCGACAGUGGAAUAAACCUUACAACUGAUACAAGUAAAUCAGCUACCUCUUCUAGUCCAGGAAGCCCGAUCCAUAGCCUGGAGACAUCACUUUAGCUGAAAAUGUCACUGCAAAAAUAUUAAUAUAAAUAUAUACAUAGAGAGAUAUGUAUAAACAAUGCUGGCUGAGAAGCUGUUUGAACUCCUGUUCACUUUGAGAGGAGGGGGGACAGAACAAACCACUGAUCAUGAUGGUUUUGGGGGAUUUACAUAUGGCUGAUUUACAUAUUCCCUUCUUGCUCCCCCCCUGCAAAAACAAACAAAAACAAUACAAAUGCCCUCCUGCAUGAAUGUACUACCCACUUCCAACCUUCCCUUCUUUUUAUUCCUUAAGCAGGAAAUGCAGAGGACUUCUUUGAGGCUAUUUAUCCAAUUCACUGGUCUGUGAGUUUUUUUGGGUUUUUUUAAUGCUUGUGUGGCAUGGACUCAGUUGUAUAGAUUAAUUUAAAUAUUUUUUUGAAGUUGCAAAGCUUAACUUGCACAGUAGAUUUGCACCAGUUGGACAGAGGAACCUAAAAUAAGCAUUUAUGAGACUAUAUAUAGAAAUAUAUAAAUAUAUACAUAAUAUAAUUAUAUAUGUGUAUAUAUCCAUAUAUAUAUUUAUAUCUAUAUACAGAUAUAGAUAUAGAUAUAUAUAAAGUUUCUUUGUUGGCAUGUUGCCUUUUUCUGCUCAAAUUGCUAUAUUUUAACUUAUUUAUGUCCUAAAAAUAAAGAAUGUAAUUUGUUUACAGAACUGUAGAUAAUAUCCUUAACUAUUUGUAGGAUUAAGACAGCACUUCCUGCCGAGAUAAUAUUCAAAUCGCUCAAUUCAAUGAAAAUUUCUGUAAUAUGGCACCCUGGAUGUUUUAUUACAACUGUGAUCAGAUUUUUGCCUGAUAGGUUUUUCUUUUUUUGUUAAAUAAUGUAGAUAUUGCUAGCAAAUAACAAAAGAAGCCAAAAUAUAAUAUAUUGGAUGUAGCAUUGUGAUCCUAUAUAGAGGGUGAUGAAACAGAAAGGCUUCCUUUGUUUUAAAUACACAUUUAAAUGAUCAGGUUUUUUGCUCUCUCUUUUUUAAUGAAUUAUUUGACCUUAUUUUGAUGCAAUACUUAAUGAUGAGGCCAUUUCAUUAUUUAAGUGUAUUGCAAUGGCUUCUUAAACAUAUUUUUUUUAAAGAUUAUAAUAAACCUCAGUGGAGUUUCUGAAUAUCAGUUCAAAAAUAAGUUAUAUUUGGCUUUGUAUGAAGAUCAAACUAAUGUUGAAAUACUGUGUGCUGGAUUCUAUUCCAUUAGAAAUUUAGUCAUUUAUUUCUUGAAAAAUAUGGGCUGUUGGCAUUUUGGAUGAGAACCACUAUGGUUUGUUGCUUAGACAUUUAAAAAGAAAAAUAAUAUCAUUUUCUGCACUAUGUAGACCUGAAUGAAACUUUAUGAAGUGUAUACUGAAAUGUGCUUUGUGUGAUUAUUUUUAAACCAAGCUUGUCUUCCUGUAGUCACAAAAGUAUAUUAUAGCAAAUCCACUAAUGUUGUUUUUCCCUUGUAUUGUGCUUUCUACACUGAAAGCCAUUGUAAACAACUGCAAUAUUCUGGGUGAGAUUUCUUUUUUCUUCAAGAUGGUAACAGCCCUGGUAAUUUAAAAGCUUAUAUAAUUGCUAUGUCAACCACUUGAAUGCAAAGCACUUUGUGGGUCACAGAUUUUUCAUAAAUGACUUUUGUAUUUAAUACAAGGUUUGCUUCAAGACUUUUCAGCAAAUGAUCUUUUCCAUAAACUUGUACAGUGCAAAAGACAUUUUGAUUAAUAUGAUCAAUUAUGCCAGAAGAGUUGGGGGGAAAGCCCUUUAAAUUAGCUUGAAAACUUUAUAUGUUGUUGUAUUGCCUGCUGUUUUAAAGUUGGCUAAUAAGGUGGAACAACUGUAGUGGGAAGAACUAUUGCAAGCCAGAAACUCUUCAGACAAGAUGAGAUUCCUGGCCAACUACAGUUUCAGAUGACUAAUGUUUUGAGGGCAUAUCAGAACUAUUCUGCCAGGUAAAGUUCUAACCACCUUGAAUUGCCAGCUUCUGGACUUUCGUAAGAAGCUUUUAAUGUCUUUUGGCUCUACAUAAUUCACUCUGAUCCAAACGUCUGGCUGAACAGCAAACCUUCCCAGGCUUACACAACCCUCUUCUCAACAGACAGUGUUACCCGCUUCAUAAAGCUCAAAGCUGGCAUGACAGUCCAGUUGACCAGCUUAUUCUUAAAAUCAAACUGACUGACAGUUAGGCAGGGUUUAUCCCUGGAUUGUAAAUAACAGCAACUAACUUUUGUGUAACACUGAAGUUCUAUGAUCUCCUUGGGAUACUAUAUUUGAAAUACAAUAAAGUCUAUUUACAGGGGAAAGCAUGUAGCUCUGGGCUGAAGAAACUACGAAAUUGUUGGCACUGGAAUAUUUUGCCCCCUAACAACUUAAUAUUGAUGAUUUGCCUUUUAUUUCAAGCUUGAUUUUCAUCAGAUACUUUUUUGAUUUUCAUUUCAUUUUCUGUGUGUGCGCAUUGUAAUACAGAUUCUUAAUAACUAGUAGGGUACUAUUUGAGACUUGAAAAACUGUUAAAAAGAAACCAAUAUUUCAUUCUGUACAUAUAUAGUUUAAAAAGAAAGAAAAAGACAAUAUAACAUAUAUAUUAACUGUGAUGCAUAGGAAACUUCGGAUUCUGUCAACAGAAACCAUGAUCUCUCUUUAUAUAUAUAUAUAUAUAUGUAUAUGAUAAACAGACUUGAGGGGGGGGAGAAAACAGAUGAGCUGAUAACAGCCUUUCAACUACAAGCUUUGCACCUUGUCCCCUUUCUUAAUUGCUUGGCCUCUCUAUGAUGGGAAGAAUGGAUCAAAAAACCAAAAUGGUCUAUAUGUUGAAAUUCACUGCAAUACAUAAAAUGCUUGCUCUCUGCGUACUGUACCUAAAAGCAUGAGAUUUGUGGAAAAAAAUACAGCAGUACAUUUGGCAAUUCAUCCCACUAGGGGUUAUUAUUCCUAUAUGUUUAUUCAUCUGUUUUUAUGAAUUUUUUAAAUCUAGACAAUAAUUGUAAAUAAAGAACUUACUGUCUCUGUUCAUUUAAUACUAUGCAAAAGGUUAUGCUUUCUAUUGUUAUUCCUACAGUGUGAUGCUGGAAUGUUUGUGGUUUCAAAAAAAAAACGGAAAAAAACACACAACAGUAAAAUUAUGUGAUGUAAAUUAUUUUAUAGUUUGAAACAAAAUGAUAACGUUUUACUCUUGCUGCUUACUGUCUAAUAGCUAUCUCCUGGCAGGAGCACAAGUGGAAAUUGAAAAAAAAAAGUAAUAAAUUCACAAAGCAGCAUGAACAAUAAAAGUCUGAAUAUAA